UCGUGCGAGCCUCCACUCGGCAGCAGACAUGGCGGCGGUGGGAGAGCUGCUGUUGGUGCUGGGUUUACUGGUGAGCGCUCGCUGCGAGGUGAGGGCCCGGGACCCCGAGGUGCUGGAGGAGGAGGAGGAGGAGGAGCUGGGAGGAGGAAGAGGAGGACUGGGAGUGGGGGGGGUUGGGAUGGAGCCCCCCCCAGCGGGAGAGGGAGGGAGCCUCCCGCCCAGAACCGGGAACUGGUGUGCGUUUGUGCAGAAGCGCGUGGUGACGAUGGCGGUGGUGUGUGGAACAGAGAAGUACACCAUCAAGUCUCGGAGUCCCUGUCCGAGCGGGAUCCAAGACUGUCAGCUGGUCAUGUACAAGCUGUCCACGCGGCCUCUGUACACUCAGAAGCAGAAGAUCAUCACGUCUCUGCAGUGGCGUUGUUGUCCGGGACACGGAGGAGACAACUGCGAUGACGCAGUGUCCGAUGCUCCGCUGGGGUCUGGAGGCCCGGGACCGACCGGAGGAUCCCAACCGUCUGAGCGAGCGGAGCUCCGCGCUCCAGACGAGCUCCAGCUCCAUCCGGGCGACCCGGACCGCGAGCAGAACGACCACCAGGCGUCCGUCCCCGAGCUGCACGACGCCAGCAUCCCCGACAACCAGCGCGACGCCACGCCCCCUCCCCUGGAGCCAGGCCACGCCCACAACAUCCAUCACAUGUCGCACCGGGCCGGGAACACGUACGACCACCAACACCCCCGACAUCCCCACCACCUCCACCAGCAGCAUCAAGAUGAGGUGGAUGCCGCCACCCAGCACUACCCAGAAGCCACUGCUGUCCUCCCCGCCCCCCACAUGAUGGCCCUGGUCAUGUCCCAGCUGCAGCCGCUCCUGCAGGGCUUCAACCGCUCCCUGGAGCACCUGAGCCGGCAGGUGGGGGACCUGGCCCGCGACGUGGCCCAGCUGAAGGGCGGCCAGCGGGGGGCGGAGCUGCAGGAGCAGGGGGCGGAGCCGCAGGGACAGGAGGCGGGGCCGCAGGAGCAGGAGGCGGGGCCGCAGGAGCAGGAGGGUACCAACCGCGACGAGGCAGCGGAGGAGUACCUGGAGGCCAAACUGGACGAGGUGUUCCAGCACAUCAGUGAGAUCCGGGCGCAGAUGGAAGGUCAGCGGACGGACAUGGAGAACGGGCUGCACUCCCAGCAUGCAAUGCUGCACUACAACCUCACCAGCUUCAAGACGGACGUCGACGUGAAGCUGAAGCGCCACCAGAAGAUGCUGCAGGUCAGCCUGCAGGCGAUGAACGCCACCCUGUCCGAGCUGAAGCUGGAGCAGGAUCAACAGCUGGAGGAUCGUCCGCCUUUGACCCCGCCGCCGCCGCCACCACCCUCAGACUCCUCCCCCCUGUGGGAGGCCAUCGAGCGGCUGGACAACAUGGUGGUCAACAACACAGUGAAGGUGAACGGGCUGAUGGAGGACGAGGAGGUGACCGCGGGAGACGUCCAGCAGCUCAGGUUGGACGUUAAGGAGCUGGAGAAGCUGAUCAACCACACGGCCCGGAAGAGCCAGGUGCUGUUCAUGGAGACGGGCCUGGAGGUGGAGGACGCCAAGGUGGCGGUGCUGCGGCGGGUGGAGGAGCUGGCGGGGAACCUGACGCAGCACCGCAAGCGGCUGCAGGAGGCGGACGUGGACAUUGCCUACCUGUACGACGCCCUGUACCAGAACCACUCGGCCGGCGCCGACUGCAACUGCAAGGGGCUGACGGCCGCCGUGGCCCGGCUGCAGAGGGGCGUGGUCAACGUGACGGCGCUGGCCAACGAGAACAGGCUGGCCCUGGACGAGGUCGCCGAGGGCGGGGCGGAGCAGUGGACGGGCGGGGACAGCGGCUGGGAGCCGGCGGUGGAGGCAGUUCAACGUGGCCUCCAGCAGGUGAAGGAGUCUCUGGUCUCGGAGCGGAGCAGGACCGGCGCCCUGGAGCUCAGCGUGUCCCACCUGAGCGGCUCGCUGUCGGACGGCCUGGCCGAGGUCGGCGGCCUGAGGGAGCGCGACAGGAAGGUGAGGGAGGAGAUGCAGCACCUGUCGGGCUCCUUCAACUCGCUGCUGAAAGACGCCAUCCGCCACAGCGACGUGCUGGAGCUGCUGCUGGGCGAGGAGGUGCUGGAGUUCCUGGAGUGGCCCGUCCAGGACCAGGAGGCCAACUCCAUCCCCGCGCUGAAGGAGCAGCUGAGGCGGCUGCAGGAGCGAGUGGGAGGGAACGACCUGAGCAUCGCGACGCUGCUCGGCAGCCGGACGGGAGGCCGAGAGGAGGAGCCAUCAGCCGACCAGCCGUCCUCCUCCCACCUCCUCCAUCACGAGUGGCGUCCUAGCGACGCGAGGCGGAGCGACGAUGGAGCAGCGGCGGCGGCAGCCAGGGAGCGACAGAUGCUCCUCCGCCCCGACGGGACGCGUCCGGAGCACGGGGGCGACGGCGGCGAUCUGUGGAACCUGGAGAAGGUGGUGGAGGAGCUGGUGCUGAAGGUGCAGCGGCUGGAGGAGGAGGAGCCCUGCCCCUGCCCCAGCUCCUCCGCAGCCCCGGGCGGGGAGGACGCCAAGCUGCAGGCGGAGGUGACGUGGCUGAAGAGAGGCCUGGAGGAGCACCUGAGGGUGUUCAAGAACGUCUUCAGCAACGCCGACGUGCUGGCGGCGUCCGAGGCCACGCUGGAGCUCGACAAGCUGUGGCAGCUGGUGAAGAGCCGAGACGGGAAGAGAGAGAAGAAGAAGAGAGGAGGAGGAGGAGGAGGAGGAGGAGGAGCAAACCAUCGCAGCAGGAGAGAAUCAUCAGGUGUACUUCCUGUUCCUUCCGUCGAAUCAGACGACUCCCUGAUGUUCGUGGCCGGUUCACCGCGGAGCGUCUCCGGCGGCGCCGCCAUCGCGCUCCAGGCGUCUCUGAACCGACGGGGCCGCUACCGCUCGGACACCGGCACCUUCACGGCUCCGGCGGACGGGUUCUACCUGUUCGUCCUCACCUUGGACCUGAGGCCGGGCCCCGCCCACGUGGUGCUGAGGAAGGGGGCGGGCGGAGCUACGGUCGCCCUGCAGCGACGGGAGGCGGCGGAGGAGGAGGAGGCGGGGCCUGUCACAGGUGUGAGCCUGCUGCGGCUGAGGGGAGGGGAGGAGGUGAGGCUGGAACUGAGGGGGGGGGCGUGGGCGGAGUCAGAGGACAAUUUGUUUGCGGGGUUGCUGCUCCACCGGACCACUUGAGGGCGCUGUGGGAAACAGUCAUGUUCACCAAGAGGUCCAACGCUUUUACGUUUUCUAAUUUCCUGCUGGUGGAGAACCAUUAAUGGAUAAACUGUGGAAUCGGAGGAAAAUCGAACCGCCUACCCGUAAACCUCCGGUCAGUUCCGAUUCACCGGUGAAUUCCUUUGAGCUCCACAAACGUCUUCAAAUGAAAAAUGUCUUGGAAAAACUGAUUUUUUUCUGUUUUCUUUGCUCCGACUGUUUUCACGUUUCACAUCUGUGAGUAUAGUCAGACUUCAGUCUGAUUGGCUGUUGGACCCUGUGACGUCAUCAUCUUAGGCAGCUUCUGUCCGAGCCCGAGGAGCGUGAAGGUUCACGUGUAAAAACCCCGUUUAUAGGAGAAAUUUCACUUUGACAUAUUUUUACGAGGAAAAUAUUUGUUAUGUAAAUCAGCUGUUGGUGUUUGUGAAGUGCUGAUAUAUUUCUGUAAAAACACAGAGUGGUUUAAAUAUAUAUAUAUAUAUGUAUGUAUUUAUAUAAAGGAUCAUUUGAGCAGUUUGUUUGUGUUUUCAUGACGGAGAAAUUUAAUAUCAGAUGACAAAAAAAAUCU